AUUUAAAGAUUUUUUUUAAUGGAGUUUUUUUUAAUUACCACUGUCGAUCUCGUAUCACUGUGGCUGGGAAAUUGAGAAGGAGAAGAUGGUUAGAAGAAAGCAGGUGGUAAGUCCUGAUUAGGCUAGGGAUGGCUAUGGCGAUCGGUUUAGCUGUGUACUUGUGCCAUUGGACGAUCGACUACCGGAUCUCUUCCGAUGAUACAGAACUGGUCAGAACACUGCAUAUUGCUACUCGAAACAGUGCUAAGCAGGUAGCCUACGUAGAGUAUCCUGGAGUAGCUAGUAGGGCAAAAGGAGAAUGGUUAGGUGUUUGUGAUGUAAAACCACGUGGCUGGGUUGAAACCACAUCUGAUACACAAAAGCUCCAGAGUACUGACAAUUUUGCGUACCAAGAAGAUAUGGCUGGUGGAGAUAAGUGUAAGGGUCACGCAGAGCAAACAAAGUCCAAUACUGGGAAGUGGAAAGAACUUUCUAGGUUGCGACAUGCCAUCCUUGGUGGUGGUAGAUCAGGCGGAACAUCAGCUAGCGCAUCUGCGAGUGCAUCAGGCAGUGCCUCAGCCAGCGCCUCAAGCAGCGCAUCAGCGAGGGAAUCAGCGAGUGCAUCUGGUAGUGCCACUGUCAGAGUGCCUACUAGGCCUCACGGCACGAAUGUCACUAGCACCUCUUCCGGAGGGUUUACACGUUCCACUGAUGAGUCCAGGAUGCGCGAUGGUGAGAGCAUGGACUCAGACGAGUCGAUAGAGCACGAGCAUGACGAUGCUAUGGACCUUGGACCGAGCGUAGCAUACUUUGAUCGCUCUGGAAGAGGGAGCUCAGAUCCUUUGUUCCACAUUCCAGUAGAGGCUCGACCCAACAGGGGGCAGUUGGAAGAGCCUAAGCAACGUGACAGUGGACUUAUACUGGAGAGAGUUUCAGGUAAAUUUUGGGUUAUGUUCCGUGCUUGGAAAUCGAAGGCUCGAAGACAAUACACCGACUGGCUCUCAUCUAUUAGGAAUGAGAAGAAUGGAACAGAGAAGCAAAACUACGUAGCCAUGCAGGAGGCAGUUCGUGAAGAAGGCUUAAAUGCGACACCUGACGAGAUUUUUCUAUCUACAGUUGGAGGACAUGAUGCCAAGAAUCGCGUUCAUGGUGUUGGAGAUCUCGCACGGAGCCUACCACGAAUGCAUGCAAGUGAGGCAAGACGUGCUAGCACUAGCUCUAUGUGGGACCCUCGAGAUGAUGAGAUCAGGAGGUUGAGAGAAGAGCUAGAUGAAAUUAGAGCUUCCCAAACGCGUGAAUUAUUGUCGAUUCGAGAAGAGAUGACCCGACUUUAUGGAGGAGUUUUCCCACGUGGAAAUGGAGAUGGCGGUGGAGAUGGAGGAGGGUCGGGGUUUGUAGGGGUUUGUUGAGUGUUUUAUUAGAAUUGAAGAACAUUAUAUUAAACUUAAGUGUUAUGG